AUGGAGUUCUUCCAAAAGGCGAAAGUGGUGCGCCUAAGGAGCCACCAUGAUAAAUACAUGUUGGCACAUGAAGAUCAAGAAAACGUCUACCAAGACCGCAAUGGUUGCUACGACAAUGCAAAAUGGACGGUCGAGUUAAUAGAGAACAAAUACAGCAAUGUCAUAAGAUUAAAAAGUUGUUAUGGAAAAUAUUUAACAGCCUCAAACAUGCCAAUUCUUUUGAAAAGCACGGGUAAAAAAGUUUUGCAAACUUUGCCUAAAAAGUUAAGUCCAUCGGUUGAAUGGGAACCUAUUAGAGAUGGUGUUCAAGUGAAACUAAGGACACGUUUUGGACAAUAUCUUCGUGGGAAUGGAGGAUUACCACCUUGGAGAAACACAAUAACACAUGAUGUUCCACAUAGAACAGCAACAGCUAAUUGGGUUUUAUGGGAUGUUGAUAUUGUGGAACUUAUGCCAAAACAAGCAGGACAUGUUCCUAAACCAAGACCUAGGCCUACACCUAUAACACCGCCAAAUCGUUGUCUAGAUUAUCCGAUUACAACGUCAGAUAAUUCUUCUUCUUUUUCUUCUUCACCUUUUUUGGAUUCGGAUCAUGGACCCCUUGUCAAGAUUGAUCUAAGGUCUCCUCCUCGGACACCCGAGGAGCAACUUGAAUAUUUAGAAGAUCCUUCUCCAUCACCAGUUAAAGAAGGUAGGGUUAUAUUUUAUGAUGUUGGUAAUGAAAAUGGUGAAGUUAUUGAUGCAAAUAAAGGGUCAUUAUUUACCUUUAAAGGAAGUAGUGUAGAAGAGUUGAAGGAGAAAUUGUUGGAGGAAACUGGACUUGUUGAUAUUCUUGUGUGUUGUCGCAAUCCAUUGAAUGCUAAACUUUACCCCCUUCUUUUGCAUCUACCUCCUAGCAAUAUUGACUUGCAUGUUGUUCUGGUUCCUUCCUCAUUUAGUGGUAAGUUUUCAUGA